AUUCGCCCCGCGGCCGGCCAGUGCACGCCAUGGGACACCACUGACCACUGACCACUACCAACAUGACGGACGACAUACCAGAAACGGGCGCAGUGUUCACAUUCGGCAAGUCUCACUUCGCGGAGAAUGAGCCGAGCCACUUCUUCAUCAAGAACGACCCCAUCGUCGCCAUCUCCUGUGGAGACGAGCACAGCGCUGUCAUAUGCCAAAAUGGACGCGUAUUUGUAUUCGGCGGGAACGCGUGGGGCCAACUAGGCCUGGGACAUAAGGACGAGGUGACUAGACCGAGCUGCGUCAAAUGGUUGAAGCCCCACAGAGCACUCUUCGUGGCCUGCGGGAGAGCACACACUGUUUUUGUAACGGACUCGAACGCGAUCUACACGGUGGGCUGCAACGAUGAAGGUCAGCUGGGCACGGGGGACUUGGAGCACCACACAGUGCCUCAGUUCGUGGAGCUUGAGGGAGAGACCGGGCCCAUCAAACAGGUGUCGGCUGGCAGCAACCACACUGCCAUACUUACUGAUGACGGUCGUGUGUUCGUGUGCGGCUCCAACACCGAAGGACAGCUGGGCCUGGGCGAGGACACGCGCUCCUGCGUCAAGUUCACUGAACUCAAGUUCAUGGAGAAGAUCGCCUUCGUCGAGUGCGGAUACUAUCACACUGUGUUUAUUACUGCCAAAGGCGCAGUCUUCGUAACAGGAGACAAUGAGAACCAAAAACUUGGAAUACCAGACAAACCCUCAACGGUAUACGUGCCCGAAGUACUACCUCUCACCAUACCGAUCAAGAGCGCAUGUUGCGGUGCAGCCCAUACAUUCCUCCUCUCCAUGGACGAAAGCAAGAUCCUGGCCUUCGGAUCCAAUGAAAAAGGUCAACUUGGCCUUCCCAAAGAGGUGGAACAUGUGACAGAACCCACUGAGAUAGACAUGGAGAAAAUGUUUGAUGGAUACCAACUGAAGCUAGUCGCGUGUGGUGCGAUGCACACUGCGUUUGUCACAGACAACGGAUUGCUUUACGCCUGCGGUGAGUCCCGGCACAAUAAACUGUGUUUGGAAGAAAUUGACGAUGCCGGCAACGCAAACGAGGCAGUCCCCAAUCAAUACACACCUAAGCGGGUCACUGCUAUGAAUGGGCACAUCGUAGACAAUGUGGCCUGCGGCGGGUGCCACACUUUACUGACUGCCACCAAAGGCUCUAACGCGGACUUCACCAACAACGACUUCAAUCUCGUCAACGAACAAACUAGGCAGAUCUCUUUAACCGAACUUCCACCGCUACAGAAGGUACCAGCCAUGAACAAAGCCGAAGAACACUCGCACGUAAUCGAGGACAUCACGAACUCCAACAUUGACGUGCACAACACCGAUAACGUGAAUGGAAAUGUGAACGAAGAGACUGGAUCGAUAGAUUCAUUAGAGGCCAACGUCAGCGGCUCCCACAUAGUAAACAUAAACGACCUUGAGAACGAAAACGGAAGCACGCAUGACGCGCCCGACGUAAACACUCAACCGAUUGAUGGAGAAACUAAAGUCAUGGCGGUCAUGGAGAGUAUGGACACUAUGGCUGACAAGGCGGAAAGUAAAGUUGAAGAAAUCGUUACAAGUGUUACAGACAAAGUGAAUGAGAAAGUGGAAAUAGUUGAGGAGUUUGUGAAAAAAGCUGCAGUAGUGCCUCCUGUGAUACACGAUGAAGCUAAGAAAAUACUGGACAUUCCGGACAAAAUGACAGAGGUAGCAAAUUCACCUCCACCGAAGACGCCGAUAUUACCGGAACUAUUACACAUUCCUGACUUGAGUCAGAUAAGUCCGGUGCUCAGUAAACACAGUGACGAUGGGCAAAAAAGUGAAGCGGGACAGUCAGAGAACGAAACGAUUCCGUGUGGGUCAGACAAGUCUAGUCCACAGGCGGGUAAGACAAAGACACAAGCUGUGAUGCCUAUUGUUAGGAGCGAAGAUCAUAUCGACGGCGCUGAAGAUGGGGAGCAUAACGAAGAUGGUGACGUUGUAGUACACAAAUCUCCGGAAAAAGGCCGCUUCGCACGCAUGUUCCAGACGAUCAGAGAUAAAGAACACUCGUGUAUGGGCAAAGGGAAAGUUAUUGAAGAAAAAGUUGUUGAAAACGUCCAUAAAGGCAUCGACACAGCCGAGGAUGGCAUCCACAAAGUUGAGGAAACCAUUGAGACAGAAAUCAGGAACCAAACCAACUCCAGAACGUGCACGAUACUAUAAUUAUUGUUUCCGUCUUCUCCUACAUUUAGCUUAAAUAAAACCUUUGUAUUAUU